AUGAAGCGCGGCACUGUGGGCAAGGCAGCCUCUACGCCCCCUCAUGGCAAGGGCGACGCCAACGCGCUCGACACGUUGCCCGAGAACCCGACGAUGGAAGACAUCAAAAGGGCCGAGGCCAACGUUUCGCUCGCCGACCUUGAAGCCCGGGUCAACGACGUGCGCGACGCCUGGGAGACGGACUCGCUCUUCGAGGACGUCUUCCAGGAACUCGCCAACGAGGAGAGCAACGACGGCAGCGUCACCGGCUCUGGCAGAUCGGCGGACGUGUGCUCGCCGGAAGAGUCUAGCCGGUUGCGACGGGAGCUGCGAGAGUACGGUCCGGCCGUCUUUUGCCAACGCACCGUCGAUGCCGGCCGCUACACGGCGAGGAAGCUGCUGACGGCCUUUCACAUCAAGGCUCCCCCCUUCCUCGAGGACGAGCCUGACUCCUCUUACUUCAGCCUGCUCUCCCUCGCCAUCUCCCGCGAGCUUUCCAAGAGGGCCAAGCUGUCGCGCUACAACACCGUCGCCGAUGCCGUCCAUCUCAUUAAGCGCAGCAGCAACAUCAUCGUCAUCACCGGCGCCGGCAUCUCCACCUCGCUCGGCAUCCCCGACUUUCGCUCCAAGGGUACCGGCCUCUACUCCAAGUUGGCCCAUCUCGGACUCGGUGACCCCCAGGAGGUCUUCGACAUCGAGGUCUUCAAGGAGGACCCGACCAUCUUUUACUCCGUCGCCAAGGAUAUCGUCCCCUCCACCGACCGCUACACGCCCACCCACAAGUUCAUCGCCAUGCUGCAUCAGCGCGGCAAGCUCCUGACCAACUACUCCCAGAAUAUCGACAACCUCGAGGUCAAGGCCGGCCUGCCCAAGGACAAGCUCGUCCAGUGCCACGGCUCCUUUGGCACCGCCAGCUGCGUCCAAUGCGGCUACCGGACCGAGGGCGAGACCAUAUUCCCGGACAUCAAGGCCGGCAUCAUCCCCCGGUGCCCUGCGUGCGCCCAAAAGCUGCGGCCCAACGGCCCCGGCCGCAAGCGCAAGCGCUCCGCCGGGAGUUCCUCCUCCAAGCGCCGCCGCUGGUCCGCCGACGACAGCUCCGACGACGACUCCGAAUACGACAUCCCCCAGGCUGGCGUCAUGAAGCCUGACAUUACCUUCUUUGGCGAGCCUCUCCCCGACGAGUUCUCGAACCGGCUCACGCAAAACGACCGCGACAAGGUCGAUCUCGUCGUCGUCAUAGGCACCUCGCUCAAGGUCACCCCCGUCUCCGAGAUUGUCAGCUGGCUGCCACCGCACAUCCCCCAGAUCUACCUCUCCCGCCAGCCCGUGAACCACAUCAACUUCGACAUCGACCUUCUCGGCGACUGCGACGUCAUCGUCACCGAGCUGUGCCGUCGCCUCGAGUGGCCGCUGACGCACGAAAUGGUGCCCGAGAAUCAGGAGAUCGACGUCCGGACUGAGCCUGGCUUCCCGAGCCGACACGUCUUUAAGGCUGUCGAGCCCGCCGAGACCGAGGCCAACGGCCACUGA